AUGGCGAACACGUUUGAGCUUGAUAGCGCUACUAAGCGUGGGCUGGCUGUAUGUCUCUCUAUAGCAUAUCUAGCCGGAAGUCGCUCAUAUGGAUACAGUGCAGCUGCCAUGGGUAUCCCCAAGGCCUAUUACCAGUUCGGCUCAUCAACCAUCACAGAUCAGACCUACAUGCAAAUACAUAUGGGAAUCAUCGCAGCCUCCGUACCAACCCUUGAACCACUCUUUAAAAAGAGCACGAAAUCGUCAAUCAACAAUCAGUACGAUGAUAUCGAACGGGCCCGUACGUUUGGGAGUGCAGGACAACCUGCUAGGCGUCGCAAAAUCCUUUUAACAACGAACGGUACAUUGAUGGGUAACGAGAAUUUUGAAUUGUCGACUAGAACUAGCGUCCGAGAAAGUGUGGUUGAGAAACUGGUGGCUUCGGGUCAGGGCAAGAAGAAAACGUUCUAUAGCGUCACUGAGGAACGGACUGGGAGUGAGGACAACAUCCUCCAUGAUAGGGAGGAUCUGAAAGGUAUCAAAUGCACAACGGAAGUGACCAUCGAUUGCACAGGGAAGCAAGCCCAGAGUUGA